UCAAAUCUGAAUUGAUGAAGGUAAACGAACUCUAGUAUUUUGAAUGGUAGCAAUGGAUCUUCAAUAACUCGAACUCCGAUUAGAUAGAGAACAACAUCCAAAAUAAUUCAUGUGUAUGGUACGUUCCCCUAAAAAAAAUAUAAAAUCAAUUUUUUAUAAAAAUCUCUUUCUAUAAGCUUUAUCCCAAGAGCCGUAAAAAAUUAUAAAAUAAUUAUGCAAAUAUAAAAAUAAAAUAAAAUUAUGCAAUACAUUUAAAUCAAAUAUGCAACAUUGCAGUACUUCUUGUUGUUUCUGAUGUUUAUGACUGACAAGUUGAAAGAUCAAAUUUGUUUAUAGAUAAGAGAGAGAGGCUGUAGAGAGAUUAGGUGUUUGAGCACUCCUGAAAUGGCCAAAUUUCCAUUGCAGUACUUCUUGUUGUUUCUGAUGUUGUUUGUGAGGCUAGAAGGACUAGGUAAAGGCCAGAAUGAGUACUGCAAGGAAGUUUCCAGGUGCAAGAAGCAUGGUCCAGCCAUCCAUUUCCCGUUCCGGCUUAAAGACAGCCAGCCCAGACACUGUGGCUAUCCCGGAUUUGAGCUAACGUGCAACCAGAGGAAUGAAACCGUGCUGGAGCUGCCGAAUUCAGUAAAUCUGCUUGUCAGUAAGAUCGAUUACAAGUCUCAAUCCAUUCACGUGUAUGACGGGGAAGGCUGCCUUCUAAGACGGCUUAUAAACCUCAACUCAUCUAGUGACACUACUUUUCACUUUUAUUAUGAAUCGUUUGACAUGAAUUACUAUUUUCUGUACAAUUGUAGUUCUGUACCAGAUGGAUAUGUAGAAUACUUCAUCCCUUGCCUUAGUACUGUUCCCGGAUAUAGAAUUUAUGCCGUCCCUUACUUUGGCUAUUAUUCCAUGACUUCCUGCACAAAGAUUGAUACCUCCACUUCGCUACUUCCUAGUUAUAUAUUUCGCGAGCUAAGUGAAAAUGUUCCAUUGGAUUGGUCGGAACCAAAUUGCGCAAAAUGUGAAUCAGAAGGCAAAUCAUGCGGCUUUAAGAAUCAUACCACGGGACAUGAAAUUGAAUGCUUCCACAUGCCUAAAACAAAAGGUUCAUCAAUAAAACUAGUCGUGACUGCUGUUGUCAUCAUAGUUUUAUUAAUUCUUGCUCUGUUAGUUGUCGUGCUCUAUCGUAUCUAUACCUCAAACAAAAUGUUGAAAGAAGAUCAAGUAAAGAUUGAGAAAUUUUUGGAGGACUACAGAGCACUCAAGCCAUCAAGAUACUCUUAUGCUGAUAUAAAAAAGAUCACAAAUCAAUUCAAGGACAAACUGGGGGAAGGAGGAUAUGGGACAGUGUUCAAAGGAAAACUUUCAAAUGAGAUUUUUGUAGCUGUUAAGGUCCUCAACAAUUCAAUAGGAAAUGGAGAAGAGUUCAUCAAUGAAGUGGGAACAAUGGGUAUGAUCCACCAUGUGAAUGUGGUUCGCUUGGUCGGCUUCUGUGCUGACGGAUCUAGACGAGCUCUUGUUUAUGAGUUUUUGCCAAAUGAUUCCUUAGAAAAGUUUAUAUUUUCAGAAGGUCACAAGAACCAUUUCCUGGGUUGGGAGAAGCUGCAAGAAAUUGCUGUGGGCAUAGCCAAAGGAAUUGAAUAUCUUCAUCAAGGGUGUGAUCAAAGAAUCCUUCAUUUUGAUAUUAAACCUCAUAAUAUAUUGUUGGACCACAAUUUCAAUCCAAAGGUAUCUGAUUUUGGCUUAGCAAAGUUGUGUUCCAAGGAACAAAGUGUCGUGUCUAUGACUGCUGCAAGAGGGACCAUGGGUUAUAUUGCCCCCGAAGUAUUUUCAAGGAAUUUCGGUAAUGUUUCAUAUAAAGCAGAUGUAUAUAGCUUUGGGAUGUUGUUGCUUGAAAUGGUUGGUGGGAGGAAAAAUAUUGAUGUUAAAGUAGAGAACACUAGCCAAACAUACUUCCCAGAGUGGAUUUAUAACCAUUUACAUCAAGGAGAAGAGCUGGGAAUGAUCAGCAUUGAGAAAGAGGAACAUGACAAAAUAGCAAAGAAACUAGCCAUUGUCGGCCUUUGGUGCAUUCAGUGGUACCCUGUGAACCGGCCUUCCAUGAAAGUUGUGGUUCAAAUGCUGGAAAAAGAAGGAAACAACCUGACUAUGCCACCAAAUCCUUUUGCUUCUGCAACGGAAACGAAUACGAGUUCAAUUAAGCCUGUAGGAGCUUUCAAUAGAGAUUUGGCAGCUAUUUUAGAAUGAAAGUAAAAGCACAAUUGUUGAUGUUUCUUGGUGGUAUUGUAUAAAUUUCAAUGAUAGGUAGGCAACAUGUCGUACUCAAGAACAAGUACCGCAAUCUUAUUACAAUGUAGGGGAACUUGAAUAAAUUUCUCUUCCUUUUUUCUUUUCGUUGUUAUUUUUUUUUUCUGUCUUGUAUAAGUUUCCAUGGCUUUCAAUAAUUUAAU